AUGGAAAGCUCUCAUAUAACAUCAAAUAAAAGAGGUCUCGACGACCUUAGUGACAACAGCAUCAACAAGAAGUUAAGAGCGGACAUUUCAAACAACGUUGAUGGUAGACAUAAGUUAAUGAUGACCAAAGAGAUAAGACAUGAGAAAUUCAAUACAGUCAUCUUCUUUUACGAAUUAAGGAUGUGUGACUUGGACGUGAAGAAUGUUUCGGAUGCUAUGUCAGCCGUAGAGGAGAUAUUCAAAACAAUCAUCGAUGGUGUAACGGUGGACGUACGACCAAGUGAUUUGUUACAAUUAUCGUUUCAGACUCCUUCAAUAGAAUCAGCGAUUCAUCUGCCAUCCAUGAAGUGUUCGGUCUUAACUGUUGACAAUGUUAUUGACCAGAUUGAAGGCAAAUUGAACUACAACUCUCACUUCGUACUUGAAAAGACUAUAUCAAUAACGUGCGUUCGUGUUCGCAUUCCAGACGGUGGUGCUAAAAAGAAACCCGAGGUGAAUUUAGACAUGUUUUUACAUGAGAGCAAGUCUGUUAUACAGAUUCUAAACAAGGACGAAUUGUGCUGUGCACGAGCGAUUGUAACAGCUACAGCAAGGAUAGAAAAGCAUCCAAGAUGGAACAAUAUAAGGCGAGGUUUAGGUGUACAGAAAGACCUUGCUAUAGAGCUACAUCGACUUGCCGGUGUUGACGAACAGCAGUGCGGUGUCGAAGAAAUAAAGAAGUUCCAAGCCGUAAUGCCAAAGUACAAGAUAUACGUACUGUCUAAGGAAUGUUUUAAUAAUUUUGUCUAUGUUGGUCCAGAUGAUGGAAUACCAAUCUAUCUGUACCUACACGAUAAUCACUAUGAUGUGAUAACAACAAUAACCGGUUUUCUGAAACGAAGCUACUUCUGCAAAAAGUGUUUGAAAGGAUACAAUGACAAGGAGAAGCAUAUGUGUAACAGUGCUUGUAGAGUGUGUCGUCGAUUUCAUGAGGAUGUCAAGGAGGAAUGGUAUUACUGUUCGGAUUGUCAUAGGUACUUCAUAAGCGCCACUUGUUACAAGCUUCACAAGGAGAAGAACAAAGGCGGGAAGUCAACGUGCGACAAUUGGUUCAAGUGUAGACAAUGUAAGGUGAUGAUCGACAAAAAGAGGCGUAAAACAGAACACAUGUGCGGUGAAAAGUACUGCCUGACAUGUAAAGGGCAUUUCGCAAACGGUCACAAAUGCUACAUGCAGCCUAUAAAAAAUGUUAAUUUUACAGACCAGUCAUCGCAGAAGUACAUAUUUGUGGAAUUUCGGAGUAUAGUUGAUGAAGUCAUACAGUGUAGUAAAACCUAUACACCUGACGAGACGAAACGAUGCGUGAAUUGUAACAAGUCUGAGUGUGGCAUACCUGGUUCAUUACCAAAUUUAUGUAUUGUGCACAAAACUUGUGACAGUUGUAUGGAUAUGGAAGUGACGGAUACAUCGACAUGCUCUUCAUGUGGGCCAAAUAAGAAGAUAUUCAGAGGCAAGGAUUGUGCAAAUUUGUUUUGCAAAUGGCUUUUCUCACCAGAGAACAAAGAUACCACAGUGUUAUGUCACAACCUUACAGAGGAAAAGAGCUCACAUAUUUUAAGAUAUCUGUACGACAAUGGUCAUCAGCCCAAGGUGAUAACAUCUGGGUCUAGAUAUAAAUGCAUAGAAGUUUCGGUCUGCAAGAUGCGAAUCCUUGAUUCUCAGAACUUCAUACCUUUACCUUUGGCAGAUAUGGCACGGUCUUUUGAAGAAGUACCACUUCAGGAAGGGUUCUUUCCGGUACUUUUCAAUACGAAAGACAAUCAAACAACUGUUCUGAACGGACUUCCGGACAUACAGUUCUACAACGUAGAAGGUAUGACACUUGAAACAAGAAACGUAUUUCAAUCUUGGUAUCAGACUCACCGAGAUGAUCAUUUCAACUUUCAAGAACAGUUGUUGCGCUACUGUGAAAGUGAUGUGGAUAUACUUAGGCGUUGCUGUCUGAAGUUUAGGAGCAUGUUCAUGAAUAUCAGCAAAGGAAACAAGGCUUAUGGAACAGAUCCAUUUCAACAGUGCGUCACGAUUGCCUCUGCAUGUAAUACAGUGUACAAAUCAAACUACAUGGAACCUGAGAGCAUUGCAAUUAUACCACAUGAAGGAUACAACCCAGAGGCAACGCAAUCUGUUGUAGCUUUCCAAUGGCUUUCAUUUAUAGCUCACAAGAAAGGUGUUGACAUUCAACAUGCGAGAAACAAAGGCGAGAAAGUGAUUGGACCAUACAAAGUCGAUGGCUUUUUCAAGAACAGUAAUGGGCAAAAGUGUGUACUAGAGUUCAAUGGUUGUUUUUGGCACGGAUGUCCAAAAUGUUAUUCCAGAGAUACAUACAACGCAAGAACAAAAUGUACAAUGGAUGCACUAUACAAGAAAACAGUUGACAAACAGGCGUAUUUGGAGAAGAUGGGAUACAAAUAUGAAUCAAUAUGGGAGUGCGAUUACCGAACCGAACUGUUGAAAAAUUCAGAUAUGGCAGCUUACAUAAAAUCACUCGAUAUCGAGUCUCCCAUUCAACCGAAGGAUGCUUUCUAUGGUGGAAGAGCAGAGGGCUUUAAAUUGUUUGAAACAACGACCGAACAUCGACGAAUCAAAUACUACGACGUUACGUCUCUGUAUCCGCACAUAAAUAAAACCGGCAAGGUACCACUAGGUCAUCCUACAAUCAUCAAGGAAGGUUUUGACAACAUCGACAAGUACGAAGGGCUUAUCAAAUGCAAAAUACUAGCGCCAAGACAACUGUACGUACCAGUUCUUCCCGUUAGUAUAAAUGGAGAAGUUGUCUUCAGUUUGUGCAGAGCUUGCAGUUCUCAACACAAUGUCAAUCCAUGCAUGCACAAUGAAGCUGGUCGGGCUUUUACAGGUACAUGGGUUACAGACGAAGUCAAACUAGCUUUGAAACAUGGGUAUCGCAUACUAAAAGUGUACGAGGUUUGGCAUUUCGACAGAAUAUCUCAGUACGAUCCUGAAACCAAGACGGGCGGAGCAUUCACAGGAUAUGUCAAUACUUUUUUGAAGCUCAAACAAGAGGCUAGCGGAUGGCCAAAGUGGUGCAAAACAGACGAGGACAAGAAGAAGUACGUUGAAUCAUAUUACGCUCGAGAAGGUAUCUCAUUGAACUACGACAACAUCAGAGAAAAUCCAGGACUUAGAGCUAGUGCCAAGCUGAUGUUGAAUUCUUUUUGGGGUAAAUUUGGACAAAGACCAAAUUAUGUUCGUUCUGUUUGCAUUACGGAUCCCAGCAAGUAUUUCGACAUACUAAUGUCAACUCAGAUUGACACAAUAUACAUUUGUUUCGUCAAUGACGAAACCAUUCGAGUGGACUACGUAUACAAAGACAAUUUCAUCAGCACUUCUUCACAAAGCAAUGUAGUUAUCGCUGCAUAUACUACUGCACAAGCUAGAUUAAGGCUGUAUGACUGUCUCGCCAAACUUGGUCGUAGGACCAUAUACUGCGACACGGAUGCAAUCGCUUUCUCACAUAUUUCUGGUCAAUGGGAACCACCUUUGGGAGAUUACCUCGGCGACUUCACCGACGUAGUUGAAGGAAACCAAAUCCUUAACUUCACGACAUUGAGUCCUAAAGUCUACGCCUACGAUUUGGCUCAUCCUGACAAACAUGGUUGUUUGUCAAUUUGUAAAGUCAGAGGAUUUAAUUUGAGACUUAGGUCUCUGCUGAACAUAAAUGGGCAAACUAUGAAAGACUUGGCUCUUAGUUGCAAGAAAUGCUCAAAUGCCCUUCAAAUGAAAUCAUCAUUGCAAGUGAACUACGCAAAACGAAUCAUAAUUCAGGGUGACAUUACAUACCCAUAUGGAUUUCAGUUCUCAUAG